AUGGCGGCAGCCUCUGACCCAUCCAGGUGCCCUGUCCAGCUGACUGCAAGCAGAGAGGAAUCCUGCCCAGCUCUUGGAUUAGGCUGCUUGGCUGAGGAGCCCUGUGGAGCUGGGGGUGGCCCCGGAGCUCAGCCUGCCCCGAGGAGGCCCUGGCUCAGAGCCAUGCCAGGUGUCUGCAACAGGGCCCCUGACUUCCUCUCCCCGGCUGAAGACCAGGCGCUGGGGCCUGCCUUGGGCAGCUCAGUCGCUCUGAACUGCACAGCUUGGGUAGUCUCUGGGCCCCACUGCUCCCUGCCUUCAGUCCAGUGGCUGAAAGACGGGCUUCCACUGGGAAAUGGGGACCACUACAGCCUCCACGAGCACUCCUGGUUCAAGGCCAACUUGUCAGAGAGGUUUGUGUCCAGUGUCCUGGGGGUCAACGUGACCAGCUCUGAGGACUAUGGAGCCUUCACCUGUUCCAUCCAGAACGUCAGCUCCUUCUCCUUCACUCUUCAGAGAGCUGGCCUUGCAAGCCACGUGGCUGCGGUGCUGGCCUCCCUCCUGGUCCUGCUGGCCCUGCUGCUGGCCGCCGUGCUCUACGUCAAGUGCCGUCUCAACGUGCUGCUCUGGUACCAGGACGCGUACGGGGAGGUGGAGAUGAACGACGGGAAGCUCUACGAUGCCUACGUCUCCUAUAGCGACUGCCUGGAGGACCGCAAGUUCGUGAACUUCAUCCUGAAGCCGCAGCUGGAGCGGCGUCGGGGCUACAAGCUCUUCCUAGAUGACCGCGACCUCCUGCCGCGCGCCGAGCCGUCCGCUGACCUCCUGGUGAACCUGAGCCGCUGCCGGCGCCUCAUCGUGGUGCUCUCGGACGCCUUCCUGAGCCGGGCCUGGUGCAACCACAGCUUCCGGGAAGGCCUGUGCCGGCUGCUGGAGCUCACCCGCAGACCCAUCUUCAUCACCUUCGAGGCCCAGAGGCGCGACCCCGCGCACCCCGCGCUCCGCCUGCUGCGCCAGCACCGCCACCUGGUGACCUUGCUGCUCUGGAGGCCGGGCUCCGCGACUCCUUCCUCCGAUUUUUGGAAAGAACUACAGCUGGCGCUGCCGCGGAAGGUUCAGUAUAGGCCAGCGGAAGGAGACCCUCAGACGCAGCUGCAGGACGACAAGGACCCCAUGCUGAUUCUUCAAGGCCGAGUCCCGGAGGCCCGGGCUCUGGAAGACGGCGACCUGGGUGUCCCGGGGUCGGUCUUUGGAGAGCAAUCAGCUCCACCCAGCACUGGUGGCGUCUCGCUGGGAGAGGGCCGGGGCAGCGAAGUGGACGUCUCGGACCUCGGCUCGAGAAACUACAGUGCCCGCACAGACUUUUACUGCCUGGUGUCAGAGGAUGACAUGUAGCCCCCACUCAGAGUGCAGGAUGAUAAGGACAGCGGGUGCCAGGGCAGGGGGGUCGUUCCUCUGCUCAGCAGGACCACAACCCCUGUCUGCAGCCCUGGGACCCUCAGGGCAAGGCUGUGUCCCCAGCGCCCCUCCCAGUGCCAGAAAAUAAAGUCCUUUUGGAUUCUG